AUGGCAAAACUGGAAAAUCAAAUUACUUUGUUCGACAUAAAAGCUAUUAAUACGACCAACAUUACUUUGGACACAGGAUACGAUGAUAAUGUGAACCACAGUGUAUGGCCUAUUGAAAAGUGCCUAAAUGUUCACCUUUUUAACAAGUCUCUCGUUGAAGAUUUAACAAAUAUCGUUUUUACAUACAAUAACACAAUGAUUAUUUGCUUAGAGCAUUCUCCCACUUUGACAAAAAUCGCAAUUAUGAAAGCAAGCGUGCUCUCUUUGCUAGCUGUAUUAUCAUUUUUCGGUAAUUUAGCUACACUUAUAAGUGUAAAAAGAGGAAAUAAAAAUAGAGGUCGGACAAGGCCAUCUUGGACAGCAAUUUACCGUCUCAUUUUUCAACUCAGUAUAGCGGAUCUAUUUGUUACGGUAUUUUGCUUGGCCGGAGAGGCUGCGUGGUCGUUUUCAGUGCAAUGGUACGCUGGAAAUGUGGCAUGUAAAGUGUUUAAAUUUUUACAAAUGUUUUCACUUUAUUUGAGCACGUUCAUAUUGGUCCUUAUUGGUGUGGAUCGUUGGUUAGCAGUUAAAUAUCCAAUGAAAAGUUUGGCUACUGAAUCGCGGAGUACCAGAUUGGUAAUAAUUGCCUGGAUUCUAAGUUUCCUCUUAAGUGUCCCACAGGCCAUAAUAUUUCGAGUUGCAAGAGGGCCCUUUGUAGAAGAAUUUUAUCAAUGUGUCACCCACGGCUUUUAUACUGAACGGUGGCAAGAGCAGACCUAUACUACUAUCUCUUUAGUUUUUAUGUUUAUCAUCCCAUUGAUAAUUCUAAUAUCUACUUAUAUAUCUACUGUUAGGACUAUAGCAAAAAGCAAGAAAGUAUUCAAAACUGAAACAAAAACACAAGAAAAAUAUUCCACAUUGGAUUUAAAUAGGAGGCGGCUCAUUGAUAGAGCGAAGAUGAAGUCAUUGCGAAUGUCCAUCGUCAUUGUUGCGGCUUUCGUUAUUUGGUGGAUGCCUUACUACAUAAUGAUGAUAAUGUUCACAUUUCUGGAUCCUGAUAAAAAUUUAGGGGAAGGCCUUCUCUCGGGAAUUUUUUUCUUUGGCAUGUCAAACAGUUUGGUUAACCCUAUUAUAUAUGGCGCUUUUCAUUUGUGGCCGAAAAAGAAACGCUACAGCCGAAGAGAUAAGGAAUCAGGGGGGCAACAAGCUUCUUGGCUGCGUCGUGGUGAUCAGACGUCUUCUGUCAAGCUCACAACGAUUAGAUCAAUGCGAUCAUCAACAAAAAAUUCUAAUGGACAAAAUAUUGCUUUUCUUUAA